AGGCUUCCCAUAACAUUUCACUAGCAAGUAGGGCUGUGACAGCCUGCUAACCACAAAGUAGAGAGGGAAAUACAUGUAAUCCAGCCUCUGAAGUCACGUAAUCUGCUGUGAAAAAACAGAAAAAAAAUGGGAAAAGGGAAGAGCAUCGAUCCCAGAGAUGUGAAAAGCAAAGAAAAUGCCAAGAUGCAACUCAAAAGAAAUAUAGGUUAUUUUGAUGGGGUAAGUUUUAUUAUAGGAUCAAUUGUUGGGGCAGGGAUCUUUGUGUCUCCCACAGGGGUGUUAAAGCAUUCCUUACUCAACGUCGGCAUCGCACUAACGAUCUGGACUGCAUCUGGACUGGUUUCUCUGAUGGGUUCCCUCUGCUAUGCGGAGCUGGGAACCGCUCUGCCCUUCUCCGGAGGAGAAUACAGCCACAUUAAAAGAGGCCUUGGAUCCCUGCCUGCCUUUGUCUUUAUCUGGACAUCAACAUUUACCAAGCCAGCAUCAAACGCUGCUCGAGCCUUGCUGUUUGCUGAAUAUGCCACCCAGCCCUUCUACGGUAUUUGCCCCGCACCAGAAGCGCUGAAGAAAUGCUUGGCCUUGGCUGUUCUCUGGUCCCUGGGGAUUUUGAAUGGCUGCAGCGUCAAAAUGGCUGCCUGGGUGCAGACGGUUUUCACUCUGCUGAAGAUGAUGGCCUUGUCCGUAAUCGCUGUUGGUGGCAUAGUUCUCCUCGCUGGUGGGAGAAAGGAGAGUCUGGCCAGGUUUGAGGACGCGUUCAGCUCAGAGAUCCCCAGCGCGUCACAGGUUGCCGAAGCCUUCUUCCAAGGACUGUAUGCGUAUGGUGGUUGGUGGUCCCUCAAUUAUAUGGCAGAAGAGAUGAAAAACCCUAGCAGAAAUAUCCCCUUAACUGUGAUGACUGCUGUUCCUGCAGUAAUCGUUUUUUAUUUACUGGUGAAUAUCUCGUAUCUGAUUGUCCUCACACCUAAGGAAAUUGUCUCUUCAGUUGCUGUGGCAGUCACUUGGGCUGAUCGAGUGAUCCCCUCUGUUGCCUGGAUCAUUCCUGUCUCUGUUGCUGUCUCAAUAUUUGGUGCCCUCAACAGCAGCAUGUUCACACUAGGUCGAUUGAGCUAUGCUGGAAGUCAGUCAGGACAUUUACCUGUUUUAAUAUCCAUGCUUAAUGUCCACUCCUGUACUCCAGCACCAGCCAUGAUUUUUUCAACCACCAUUGCAUCCAUUUUUAUAAUCCCCUCUGACCUUAUUACGUUAACAAAUUACUUUGGAUUUUCUGCCUGGCUUAUGAUUGGAUUGACUUGUGCAAGCCUGAUUGUACUUCGAUACCGGGAACCUCACCUUCAUCGACCAUACAAAGUGUUUCUACCAGUUCCAUUUGUGAUGGUGGCAAUGUCUUUCUUCCUAGUUUUAGCUCCUAUAGUCUGGUCUCCAAACCUGCAAUAUGUUUAUGCCUUCCUGUUUAUGCUGGGAAGUCUUAUUGUUUAUCUGCCUUUUAUACAUUUUAAAUUGCAUUUUGCUUUUCUUGAUAAAAUUACUUGCCACUUACAGCUCCUGUUGGAAGUUGCUCCUGCUGAUGGAUCUGCUGAGAGCAAAUGUGAAUAAUGGCAAGUGUUUAAUCCCAGUACAACUAACAACCAACAGAGGAUUUUCUUUAACUGAGAUUGUAGAAUGUUGGGUGUGAUAUAUAGGUGUGCAUGCAUGUGCUUGCAUGUAUAUGUAUAUACGUAUAUAGAUUAAUAUUCAUAUAUUGCAUACAUAUAAACGUGUAUAUAUCUACAUGCAUAUACAUGUGUGCACAUAUAUGCAUAUAUACAUAUAUGCAUAUGUAGGUAUAGACACCUUCAUGAAUUAAUAUGUAUAUAUUUUUGUGUUUCUGUGUGUAUACAUACAUAUACAUAGAUGUAUAUGUAUACAUAUUUAAUAGGUGCAAAUAAUCUCUCUUGAACUGGUAAAAUCUGUAAAAUGCUCCCUCUUGCUCCUGAAGACUCAGUUAACUUGCAUAUACACUUGCAAUAAUAGAACUGACAGCACUAAUUCUUAUCAACAUUAUCAUAUAAUAAAUGAGUAUAUGCAUACUUAUCAGAUUCAUUAUAUAACAUACUUCUGGUCUCCCAACUAAGUUGUCUGGAUUGAUUUUAGUUCACAGUAGCUGGUUUUAAAGGCUUUAUACUUCUGUUCAUCUGCUACCUUUUUUGUCUGAAUUUGUUUUUAAUAAAAACCUUUGAAGGACGUCAUAAAA